CCAGUAACAGUUUUCAUUCACCUCGUAUUUAAGACAUCUAGUAACACUCGACCUACAGCUUUAAUUCUACAUUCGACUUUCGAAGAGCAAGGUCACAUUAUUAUCGCCUUGUAAAACCGAAGAUCAUCCACCCCGCAAAGAAAGGAAGUUUUGAAAAAUGAUACUGAAGUCCAUACCAGCGUUUCUGAUCUUAUUCCAUCUAGUUUCUGGUUGGAAUUAUGGAGGAGGAGGAUGGCAUGAUAAAAUACCAAGGAAAAUAGUCGUGAAACAUAUUCCGAAGCAUGUGCCUGUCUAUAAACCAGUACCAAUACCGAAACUAGUUCCUGUGCCAAGGCCUGUUGGUUUUCUUAAACCUUUAGCUAUUGCCAAACCCUUCAGCGUGCCACAUGUUGUCCCAGUCAUCAAGCACUUUCAGAAACCUUUCCCAGUCUUGAAAGGUUUCCCUUUUCACAUCCCUAUCCAUGUGCCAAAGUUUCAUAAAGUACCCAUCCCGAUCAAGCUGCCAAAACCAUAUGUCGUCCGUGUGCCGAAACCAUACGCAGUAGCGAAAAAAUAUCCAGUUGCUGUGCCUGUUCACAUUCCAAAGCCUUAUUUAGUUCCCGUUCUCAAACAAGUCCCUGUCGCUGUGCCCCACAAGGUUCCCAAAGUCAUCAAUGUCGUGAAAGAAGUACCUGAAUACGUCAAGAAACCAGUGCCUGUCUAUAUUGAAGAAAAGCCAUAUCAGCAUGAUUAUGGAAAUUACAAAGGCACUCCUUACAUCCCUAGUGGUGGAGACUAUAAAGGCACACCUUAUAUCCCUAGCGGCGGAGAUUACAAAGGUUCUCCUUUCCCAUCAGGUAUAAGCGAAGGACAUAAGGGCUCGCCGUUUCCAGCUGAUGUAAGUGGAGGAGGAAAAGGAACACCUUAUAAUCCGCCUGGAAAAGGAGGAUCAGGUUAUCAUUCCAAGGGCACCAACGUACAUGCUACAAGUGCUGCCAGCUUUUUGGCAGCGCAUGCUGACAAACUGAAACAACAGAACUCAGGGCAGGGUGAUUUUCUAGCCGCUUACAGUCAAAAUCAAGCUUAUUCAGGUCUGCAAGGGCUUGGAACUGGUAUUCAUGGAGGUUACCAUGGAUUGCAAAGUUUCGGCAAUGGAUAUCAGAAUUUCGGAGCAAAUUUCCAUAAUAUUCAAGGAAGCUAUGGUGCUGAAGAACAUGGAGGAUAUGAUCUGCAUAGCUUAGACAGUAUUGGUGGAUACGAUAAUUUUGGCGUAUAUGGAAGAGGAGCUGAAGCAGGGAAAAUAAAAGAAGAAAGCUCAGAUGCUGGUCAAGCGAAUGCUGGAAGUCAUGAAAACAGUGGCGAAGUCACAUAUGAUGAUAAAGGUGCCUCUGCGGACCAGAUAGAUCAUGAUGGGAAAGAUACAACAGGAAAUAAUGCCGGUUAUAGUUUAUCAUCUUAUUCUCUUUCUAGUUAUAACGAUCAGUCUGGCAGAGGAGGUGGUUAUCAGAAUGAGCCAGCUGUUGGAGGUUAUCAUGGUCAGGGCCUUUCGGAAAAUGAAGGUCAAGGAGCUUACCAAGGUUACGGUUCCAGUGGCGGCAAUAGCAAUCAAGAUAGUAAUGCAGCUUAUGGCAACCAAGGAGGAAAUGGAUUUUCUCAAAUACCUGGAUUGGCCAUCUAUAAAUUAGAAAACGGAGUUGCCACUCCAUUAAGUUACUCUAGCCAUGUAGUACAGAAUUAUAAUUCUGGAUAUCAAGGACAAAACGCUUACGAAAAUCAAGAAGCGGGUCAAGGUUACGUCAAUAAUCAAAUAGGUAACGGAGGAUACGGGUCACAAAAUUACCAGCAGAAUGAAGAAUCUGAUAGUAAUCAGGCCCAUUAUCAGCAAAAUUCCUAUGGAUAUCAACCACAACAGUCCCAGUAUCCAUCUCAAAGUGGCCAAGCAUAUCAUGCUCAGCAAGGAGCAGGAAACUAUGAUGUGUCUUCAUACCAAAACCUGAAUAAUUAUAAUGAUCAAAGCCAAAGUUCGUACAGCCAUCAAGAAAAUUCCGAGGCCUAUCAUAAUCAAGCGUCUUAUCAAAUUAAUCCCGACAAGCAAGCUCAAUCUGGCUAUGAAAAUGAAAAUGCAUCACCUGCUCUUCAGGAUUACGGACUGAGAGCAGCAUACCCAAUCCAGAUUGAUGUAGGUAAUCAAAAUCAGAUCCAAGGCUCCACUGGAACAGUUUAUGUAAGAGCUUAUGGUCAUCAGGGUGAAAGUGAAAAUCAAGUCGCGUACAAUGUACAGAACUCAGAUAGCUAUCAAACAGAAGACAGUCAACCGCAAACAAGCUAUUCCGCUUAUUCAACCCAAGUUAAUGCAGCUGCACCAAUUCAACCGAAAACUAACGAUGAACCAAAGGCAGCAUCAGGUCGGUCUUUAGAAAAGGUUUCCCAAAUUGUUGGAAGUUCUGGAGGCUAUAGUACGCCGGAAGGAGGAGACACUAAAGGAGGCUCUUGGCAAACAGUGCAAUGAAAUCAUCAAUCCAUUACAUUUGUAUGUAAGGGUCCAUGUGUACAUAAAUAAUUUUAGUCCAGUAUAUAUAUUAUGCUGACGUAUUUAUUUCAGCGAAGACUUCAAAGAAUAUCAUCCCGAGUGAACAGACGCUUUGAUGAAAGAGAAGCGUUUCAUGUUUUAAGACCUCUCUGAUUCUAUUUGCGGGGCAAGAACUUUGAAGCCCAGAAGUCUUAAAUGUAAUUUAAAUCGUGUUGAAUCAUGUGUUUUGUUUUUGCGAAAAUUUGAAAUUGGUACUGUUAUAUUUGCCUGAUAAUGGCUCCGGGAGCUAUUGAGAGAUGAAUGUCUUAAAAAUGUAUUCUCAGUGACAUAUAUAGAUAUCGACGGGAGAAAAUAUCUGGAGAGAAAGAACAAAGUAAAUUUUGAAAUUUUUAAACGUGUCAUAUAUUUAAAACUACAUAUCCGAUACAAUUUUAAAAAAUUCGAAUAAAUAUUACAAAUGCUUCAUUCAGCCAUACUAGCUCUUUAUAAAGCUUCAAUUUAAUCAUCAUUAGCUGUUUUCAGAUUUAUGAACCCAAAAACUGAGAGCAUAUUUAAAACCUUAGUAUAUUAUAAACAUUAUAAACCUUAGUAUAUUUAGCAUAUUUUAAACAUAAUAAUAUAAUUAUCAUUUGAAUCUAGUCUACCGUGUAGGUUUCUGUUCCGAAAAAAAUUAAUUAAUCAGCAGUAACAGAAGAUUUAAAAAUAAGCAUCCAUUUAAAGUUUAUUCAUUGUAAAAAUAUGUGAAUGUUCUCUCCCAGUCAUAUUUUCCUCAGUCAAUUUUAUACGAAUUUACUGCUCAUUUUUUAUCUGUGUUUUACAACUUUAUGAUGUUGUAUAUGAGGUAAGGUCGUUGUACGACUAUAUUUGUAAAUAAAAUGUGUCGAUUUGUUAAA